AUGUCCUUCCUUACAAGCGUCUGCCCGCACCCCGAGUCUAGCACCGCCUCAACUAGUCUCCCAUCCAAGCGUACCAUCCGCGUGAUUCUGGCUCUGCUUAUCUCCGCGCUAACGUCUCCGUCUCUUACAGGUUGGCUCUCUGCAUUGAAAGCCCGGAUACGUCCACUGAGCCUGGGUUUCAACUUCAUUUGUAUCAUCGUCAUCACCAUCCUCAUCGUCCUUAUCACCCGCCCAGCCAAGACAUAUGAGCUGUGCCCGGCUGGUGCUCCCUGCCUGCUGGCCGCCUGCCCCUUCGACUGGAUCGGGUACCAGGGGAAGUGUUACUAUUUCUCAGAGCUAGAAGCCAACUGGACCGAGAGCCAGAAGAACUGCUCUGCCCUCGGUGCUUCCCUGGCUGGGAUUGAUUUGCAGUGGGAAAUGCUUUCUGCUCAGGAACACCACCGGGUGUUCUACCCCACCCUCCUCCGGUGCCAAUACUGCCCCGAGGCCUACCUCUGA